AUGUCUAAAUGCAUCGGCAUUAUUUUAAGCACCAUUGGUACACUAGUUGUUCUUGGAGCCAUCAGUGGUUUGAUAUCCUAUCUUGUUUUCAAUGGUCGUACUAAACACAUCAGGUACGAGGUGUUCGAUGCCUCCUUCACCCAGUUUGAGUUGGCCAACAACAACAUCACUCUCCAAUACAACCUAGCCAUCAAUGCAUCCGCUACAAACCCUAACAAGAAGGGUGCCUACCACUUUGAGCAGGUUAUGACCGUUGCAUAUUUCGGGUCUAAGAAGAACAUUUUGUCAGCCAGCACUUUUGAGCGGUUCGAUCUACCCCACAACAGAGUGGCUUAUUUGGCUUCAUCGGAGAACCAGGCGUUGCGGCUGGAUCUUACGGCCGAUGAGGUUUCGAAGCUGAGGAGCGCUACGGUUUUCGAUCUGUUGUGGGUCGCCAGUGGUAGAAGUUCGACCAAGCUUGGUAGAAGACGUGCGCAUUUUAAUUACAACGCCAUCUGCUAUUUGAGGGUCCCUUUGAUCUCCGACGGAAAAUUUGCUCAACGUUUUAACGUUACCAUGUGCACUGUCCACAAACAUUAA